GAGAGACAAAAACUAUCAUGAAUAUCAUCGAAAAAAUGAAGAUGAAAAUAGAAAUACUACCAAAGCUUUAAACUUAUUAUCAGGGUCUAAAGUUUCUUUGUGAAAAAAUGGAUUGUACACUAAAGAUAUCAUCUUUGUCAGUUAGUUUCCCCAAAUUUUCACCAAUAUAUCGCACAGGCUUGUUUUCUGCAAAACCCAAUUUGAGAAAUUUCCCGAAAAAUGCCAUUUUUGGAUCUCCCUCACCACCACGAGCAAUGCCAAAUGCUUUAGGCGAUGCUCACAGAAAAAUAAGCAGUCUUGAAUCUCUGUUUUGCUAUGAUAAAUCUGUACCAGAGGAAAGAAUUGAGAAGCCAACUGGAUUGUCCUUGGCCAAGAAGAAUACUGGAGAUAAUCCUCAUUGUCCCGAGUGUGAAGCAAAAGGUGCUGUCCUUUGUGCUACCUGCUCGGGUUCGGGCCUAUAUGUUGAUUCUAUAAUGGAAAGCCAGGGGAUAAUUGUCAAAGUUAGAUGCUUAGGUUGUGGAGGUUCUGGUAACAUAAUGUGCUUAGAAUGUGGAGGACGAGGUCAUCUCUGACUUUCUUGAUCCUACUUGUUUGAUCUUGUGCCUGUUUGUCAUGAUAUAGGCUUUGGCUUUGUCAGGUAGCGUGAAAACGCAGAGUUAGUUGCACACAUUUAAGAACAGCUGAUUCAAAGUUAGCUUUGUGUAUCAUUUAAUUGUUUUUUCUGUCCUUGGAAAAAUAAUGUUAUCAUUUAAAUACAACUAGAUUUCCUUUUUAGCAUAUCAGUUUUAGUUCUUGAUUCUUAUCAAGUAGACCACUGAGGCAUGUAGGAUAUCUGAAUGGAGUUUUCAAGGGAAUAGUUUGCCCCGAAUGAAACAUAUUUAUAUCCA